ACUAUUAGUUGUUUUAGUUGAAUUCAGUCAAUGUGUACAAUGUCGUACCUAUGAAAUUAACAGUAGAGAAAAACUAGUGAAUACAAGUGUUUAUAAACAAUUUAUUAUGUAUAACAUGUAUAAAAAUAUAAUUUUAUAAUAUUAAUUUUAUAAUCGUAUGCAAACCGAUAUUUUUUGUUUUUAAUUCAGAUUAAAGGUGGAUUUAAAUUUCAAAUUUACAAUGAUUGAACAAAUUGCUUACAUAAUUGGUAUUGUUCUUGUGUGGUCUUACUUCAAAUGGCAAAACAGGCGCUUUGAAAAAUUGGCUGCUAUAAUGCCGGGGCCUACAGCGUACCCGAUCAUAGGAAUAGGAUAUAAAUUUUUUGGCUCAUCAGAAGACGUAAUGAGCAAAAUAAUUGAUUUGGUGAAAGAAUAUAAUCUAUCGCCAAUUAAACUAUGGUUAGGACCAUAUUUUGCAGUUUCCAUUUCCAAACCAGAAGACUUACAAAUUAUUUUAAAUAAUUCAAAGGCUUUACAGAAAGACCAAAUGUACGAUUUUUUCAAGUAUGCUGUGGGUGAAGGUUUGUUUACUGCACCAGUUGACAAAUGGAAGAGACAUCGUCGCAUGAUCACUCCCGCUUUUAAUGCCAAGCUUUUCGAACAGUUUUUCCCAGUGUUUAACGAAAAAAACAAAAUUCUUAUCAAGAAUGUUACGAAGGAAUUAAAUAAAACACAAAUGUUCGAUCUCUGGCACUAUGUUGCACCAGCUGCUCUUGAUACUAUUUGUCAAACCACUAUGGGGUACAAUCUAGACACUCAAUCAAACAAUAAAGAAUGUGAAUUCGGCGAAGCAAUUGUAAUGGCAUCGGAGGUAGCAGCGCUGCGAAUUUACAAACCAUGGUUAUAUCCAGAAAUGGUGUUUUCAAUGUACUUAAAACUCACUGGACACCAAAGGGUUUUCGAAACAGUGAAAAAAUUUCCAUUACAAGUAAUCAAGGAAAAGAAAGAUGAAUUUGACCAGAGGAAAAAAGCAAUUAAUGCGAAAGUAGACUUAGCCAAUAAUAAGGAUGAAAAUCAAUCAAAACUAUUCUUGGACAUAUUAUUUGAACUGAACAACACUGGUGGAAACUUUUCAGAUUCCGAUAUUAGAGAUGAGGUUGUAACGAUGAUGACUGGGGGUAGUGAAACCAGCGCUAUCACAAUCUGUUUUUGUCUUUUGAUGUUAGCCAUACAUCAAGAUAUUCAAGAUAAAGUAUACGAUGAAAUUUAUGAUAUUUUUGGCGGGAGUGAAGAAACGAUAACAAUUGAAGACACCACUAAACUGGUGUAUUUAGAACAAGUGUUAAAAGAAACCCUUCGAUUAUACCCCGUAAGACCAGUGCUACUUAGAGAACUUCAAGACGAUGUUAAAAUAUUUUCAAAUGAUUAUGUACUACCAAAAGGAACAACGUGUGUUUUAUGCCCAAUAACCACACACCAUUGUCCUGUUAUAUACCCAAAUCCUUGGUCUUUUAAUCCUGAAAACUUCACCCCUGAAAAUGUCGCAAAACGUCAUAGAUAUAGUUUUAUUCCUUUUAGCGGUGGUCCAAGGGGCUGCAUAGGAUCCAAAUAUGCGAUGUUGUCGAUGAAAGUUACUGUGUCAACAUUUUUACGACAUUUUAGCGUACAUACAGACAUCAAAUUAACAGACAUUAAGUUAAAAAUAGAUUUGUUGAUGAGAAGUGUUCACGGUUAUCCUGUUACAAUUCGACCACGAGUGAAAUUACCAACCAAAUAUUAGCAUAAUUAGAAUUCACUGGGAUAAUGCUCAAUUAUUAAUAUUAUGAUUAGUAUAUUUUGAAUUUUUUAUGUUAUGUAUCAAUCAGUAAUUAUAGAAAUCAUGCAUAUUAUUGAAUAUAACUAUUUUCAACUAUACAAGACAGCUGGGUAAUAAGGAGAAUACGCUGUCUUGAAGGUAAUAUUUAUUUUUAUAAACCUAAAUUGUGAAUUAAGCAUUUCAUUAACUUAUAUGUAUUAUUUAUAGAAAAAAAAAGAAUUGUUGAACUUAAUUAAAAACGAUUCAAAAAAAACUUAAAUACCUAGUAUAUUUUUUUAACAUGAGAAAGUUAUAUUUUUUCAGUUUUUGGAGACUAUAAUAUAUAGUGAUCGAAUAUUGUGUUAAAGUUAAAUUAAGUUAAACGUUAAAUAUUCUUUGUAUUAUAUUUGUUUAUAGUACCUACUUUACUUUAUUGUUUUAAGUUAAAACUAUAAGUAUUAUAAUUAUAUUAUUAUAUUAUAAGUAUCUUACUGUUAGCCUAAGAGGGUCAAGCUGUUAAGUAUAAUAACAAAAGCGUGAUU